GGAGCCACAACAAUGAAGGCAUUAGUGCUCACCCUCCUCUUCCUCCUCAUGGCACCCAGUGAACCCAAAAUAUUUUCCAGAUGUGAACUGGCUUCAAUUCUGAAACAACAUAGCCUGGAUACAUAUAUCACCUUGGACAUGUGGAUAUGUAUAAGUUAUUAUGCAAGCAAGUACAACACCCAAGCUGUGAAUAAGCAAAAGAAUUAUCGCAGUAGAUACUAUGGAAUUUUCCAGAUUCGUAGCGAUUGGUGGUGCAGAGAUAACCAUGAGGGUCUGGAUAAUUUAUGUGGUAAACCUUGCAGUGCUUUCACAGAUGAUGACAUCACAGAUGAUAUUGCUUGUGCUAAAAUAAUUAUGGCUAAUCACGCACCGUUGUAUAAAUGGUGGCCCUGGGUGGAGAAUUGCGGAGGACCAAAUAUGUCAAACUGGAGCAGCGGCUGCAAGCUCUGAGAUUGAUGCUCCUGCAUAUCUCUCCCUCCUCCUGUGAUGAAAAUGAUAUUAUUCCUUAUAUAAACACAUUGAACAACUUGAUUCCAUUCUUGUCCCCCACACGUUGGGAAGAAUGAAUGGGUGGGAGCAGGGCCGGAUUUAGAUGAAAAGAGGCCCUAGGCUAUUCCACUUAUAAGGCCCUUUCACCUAUAGUGAAAGUGUAAUUUUAAUUUUGCUAACAAUUUGAAUGUAGGCCCCUCUUGAUCUUGAGGCCCUAGGCUGAAGCCUAGUUAGCCUAUAGGAAAAUCCGGCCCUGGGUGGGAGAGAGGGAAAGUCUUUGCUUUUUAAAAUAUUCAAAAAUUGUUUCAAUAAAAUGAGUAUUGUGCAUUAA